CUAGACCCAUUCCAGUUUCACACCUAGCAUAUAUUAUGCGUCAAUUAGCUUUUAGCACGUCGCACCAAGCGCCUUCAGGCUGCCGAGCUUUCCGUCCGCAAAGACGGACGCUGCAAGUAUGUUGUCUUCAUAAGGCGCUACGACAGCCCAGCUCAGGACCCAUCACAGCUCCAGCUGACGUCGUCUACGAAUGCCUCACCCUUCUGCGACGGCCCGACCUUGAAAGCCUGGCUCCCUUCUUCCCCGCUGGGACCCGCAGUGACCCCCGGGGGCCGCAGCGUGCCGAGCUGCGGGUGGGGGGCGAGGUUGUGCAGGAGGUGGGGCCGCUGGCGGGCUGCAGCGGCUUCAUGGACACAGCGGCUCGCCGGGUGCUGCCUGGCCACCUGCUGCGGCGCUGCCGGGUGCUGUCGGCGGUGCAGCUGGGGGCGGGGCGGAGCAGCCUGAGGGUGGCAGUGACGGGCUGCAGCGGGGAGGAAACGGUGCUGGUGUGGCACCUGCGGAGAGAGGAUACCCCCACGGAAGACCCUCAGCAACCACCACCACCACCACCAACAACAACAACAACAACAACAACAACAACAACAGCAGCAACCCAACCAGCCGGACCAGGCCGCCCCGCCUCCCAGCCCACCCUCACCACCCCCAC